ACAGCGGGCACCGCGUCAUCUGGCAAGGCAGUGGGCUCCGAGUCAACAGGCACGACAGUGGGCACCGGGUCAUCAGGCAUUGGAUCGUCUGGCUCGACAGCGGGCAUCAGGUCACCAGGUAUGACAGCGGGCACUGGGUCACCAGGCAUCAGGUCAUUUGGCUCGCCAGCGGGCACCGCGUCAUCUGGCAAGGCAGUGGGCACCGAGUCACCAGGUACGACAGCGGGCUCUGAGUCAAUUGGCACGACAGCGGGCACCGGAUCAGGUACCGGAUCAUCUGGAUCAACAGCGGGCAUCGAGUCAACUGGCCUAAUAGGAUCGUCAGGCUGGAUUAGUUCAUCAUGCUGGGUAGAGGCAUCAGGCUGAAUGCCGGCGUCCGGCUGAGUAGAGGCUUCAGGCCGAGUAGAGGCUUCAGGCCGAGUAGAGGCUUCAGGCUGAAGAGAGGCAUCCGGCUGAAGAGAGGCAUCAGGCCGAGUAGAGGCUUCAGGCCGAGUAGAGGCUUCAGGCCGAGUAGAGGCUUCAGGCCGAGUCACGGAAGGCAGGUUCACCGGUUUGGAUACUGGCA